AAACAUAUUUUCUGUCCACCCUCGAGAUCACAUUGCACUCAUAACCACCAUGGCUGAGCACCACCAUCACCAUCACCAUCACCACCCUCACCACCACUCUCAUCAUCACAAGGAUGGAACUCAAGUUGACUAUAAAAAGGAAGAGAAGCACCACAAGAAUCUGGAGCACCUUGGUGAAAUGGGAGCAGUUGCUGCUGGUGCUUUUGCAUUGCAUGAGAAGCACAAAGCAAAGAAAGAUCCAGAGCAUGCCCACAGGCACAAGAUAGAGGAGGAGAUUGCAGCGGCAGUCGCGGUUGGAGCUGGUGGAUUUGCCCUCCAUGAACAUCAUGAAAGGAAAGAGGCCAAGAAAGAAUAUAAGGAGACUCAUGGAAAGAAGCACCAUCAUCACUUUGGUUGAAAAUAAAAAAUAAAAAUAAAGACAUGAGAGAGUGUGUUGUUCCCAGUUAGCA